CAAGCCUCACUGCUCAAGAACAACGGCAAUUCAGCCACGACAUGUAGAAAGUCCCGUGCGAAGUGUGAUCUGUGCGGCUGAUCGAAGCAGUGCCCAAAUCUCUGGAUGGAGUCUGCGCUCAAUGGCACGUGUCGAAGUGGCAUACGUCAGCGGCGUUGUGUUUUACGAGAGCAAUUGUGGAACAGAUCAUCAUGACCUGAGACAUUCCAUCGGGAACUUGAAGCGGAGGCUACAGCCACUGUGCGGAGUGCCGGCGGAGGAACAACACAUUACCCUUGGCCCGGACGUAUUGGAGGAUUGGCAUCUACUAUGCAACCUACCGGCUGACGAGGGGGUGCUGCAAUUGACAUUGAUCCGCUCUUUGACUCGGAUGGUGUUGAGCGGCGGACGAGAUCGGAAGCUGAUGCUGUGGGAUCUCAAUCGGAGUGAUGCGGAUCAAGACCUGGUUGGACAUACGCAAGCUGUGCGCUGCCUCGCUGUGGACUGGGCGGGGCAAAGGGCCAUGAGCGGCAGCGUGGACCGAUCCUUGCAGCUUUGGGAUUUGGUGAUGUGCCAUUGUGUGCUGGAACUGCGAGGUCACACCGACACCGUAACCUGCCUUUCAGUGCAUUGGGAGAGCAACAUUGCAUUGAGUGCAGGGCUGGACCAGACUUUGUUGCUGUGGGACUUGGAUGUGGGUGAAGUCAUGAAGGAGCUGAUGGACCACGCAAGCCCAACCGUUUGCCUGGAGGUUGAUUGGAUUGGGCGACAGGCCUUGCUGAUCGCUGCAGAUGGCGCGAUGCGCCAUUGGGAUCUGAGCCAGGACCGCGCUGAAGGCUGCGGCCGGCAGGAUAUCCAACGGAUGUUUGUGAAUUGGAGCAAUUUGCAGGCAAUUACUGGCUGCAGUGAUGGUGAGGUGCUGCUGUGGGACCUUUGCCCAUUCCAGGUUUUGAGGAGCUGCGUACCGCCAGGGAGCAAAACGUCUUGCAUGUCAGCAAGCCCAGAUCUCUUGGAGGUUGCACUUGGUUCUGGGAGCACGCUAUGCCUUUGGAGUUCCCAAUUUGAGAGGAAACCAGCCAUCAAAGCUUUGGAUGCUGAAUGUCUUUUGGUCGGCUUAGAAGUGGAUUGGUCAGGUCGAAGUGCCUUGACAUGCGGAGAGGAUGGACAGUUGAAGUUCUGGAACCUCACUGUUGGACAAUGCUUACGCGUGGUCGGGGGUCCUGGUCCAGUUGCAACCUGCAUGUGCGUUCAUUGGCAAUCUGCAUUGGCCGUCACCACGGAAAACCGAAGCGUCAAACUCUGGGAUCUUUGCCGCGGACGCUGCUUGCAAAGCUUAGAAUUGGGCUGCUCCUCCGCCGUGUCUGUGAACUGGCAAAAGCAUCAGCUCAUAGCAGCUGGAGAGGACUCUGUCCUGCGCCUUCGUGAGACCUUCCGGCGUGGCAAAUGUAUUGGUCGGCUGCAAGGGCAUAUGGACACGAUUCUGUGCCUCACAGUGAACUGGGCCGGCUCGGAGGCGUUGAGCGGUGGCAGUGACCGGCGGCUGAUUUUGUGGGACUUGUCAGAAUGGAAGGUUCGCCAAACCUUGAGAGGUCACGAGGACACCAUACGCUGUGUAGAAGCAGAUUGGCAAGGGCGGCGGGCAAUUAGUGGCAGCUUCGAUCGCAGUCUUGUCCUUUGGGACCUCACCUCGGGUGAGAUUGUGGCGCGCUUGACGGGCCACAUCGAUUGGGUUUGCUGCAGUGCAACAGCUUGGCAUGAUGGGCAUUGCAUCAGUGGAGCGCGAGACGGUACAUUGAGGCUUUGGGACUUGGAGACAGCUUCCUGCACUAGUCUCCUUACGGGUCACACUGGUGCUGUUUGGGCAGUAGCACUUUGCUUUCCUGAUGCCUUCAGUGGUGGACAGGAUGGCACCAUCCGCCGUUGGUGCCUUACCACUGGCAGCUGUCUUCAACUGUUGCUAGCACACCAGGAUGCUGUGAGGUCACUGGAUGUGGACUGGCGUUCCGCUCACUUUCUGACUGGAAGCUUCGACUCGUGUUUGCGCAUGUGGCCUUUCAAUUCAACCGACUAUUUUCAGGAAUUUGACGGGCAUAGAAGAGGCGUCACAUCUUGCAGUGUCGAUUGGUCCUGUGGUCUGGCAGUCUCUGGCAGUGAAGACUGCUCCAUCCGUCUUUGGGAUAUCUAUGCAGAAGAUGAUUCGUCUGACCUCCUCCUCGGCUCUCAUGAGGGCGCCGUGCUUUGUAUCUCCAUGGGCUGCGGUCCUUCCAUUGCACCGUGCAGAGAAGGUAUCCAAGGCUUGCCAGCCGCUCAUCCUUGGGAGGAGCAGGUUAUGAAAAACAUGGCUGGACGGGUGAUUUUCUAGUUUUUCGGCGAUCUGAGCAGCGAGGGCAAGAUCAACGUGCGUGAAGCAGAUAGCGUUUGAGGUCCUCCUAUGCCAACGCUGCUGUUUGCCUCAGCAAGCAGCUAUGACAUCAGACUUCACCAAGAAUGCAAACAACAAUCCGUCCAAGCACAUCCCUACAGCCUUCUGAUGAUAACAUGAUGAACAAGGUCCCGCUUGCAAUUGGUAUGGGCCAAUGUCACUUUUGCCAAUCUGGCGUUGAAGAAAGAAGCCAUUCAGACUUGACUGCGAGCAAACCUGAACGGAUCACAUAGCAGACUUGCCACACGCAGCCGAGCUUUGACAGGCGUCAACUUGCUGGCAGUUUAGCCUUACACCGUCACUAGUUCACUAGUUUGCACAUUGGCAGGAACUUGAGUCGCCACAGUUUGCUGAAUGCCUGUUUGAAGGUGCUCGACUAUCACUCAUCACUUGCUCUCAUAUUUCUGGAAAGACUGGCAUAAAGGAAAGGUCUCAGAUGAAUCAAGCUUGGACACUUCGGGAGAAGAAGCAACUCGCGGGCCGGCGCAAUUGAAGCUUCUGUUCCAGAAUCGAGCGAGCGACACCAUACAGUUGAGUCUUGCUCUUGUGAGAUUAAUGUUGAACAACAUGACCAUGCCAUCAUGCCUUGACUACUUCCUGAACAGUGGUGCAUGCGAGAUGGGAGCCAGAAAGAGAGAGAGAGAGAGAGCUGAUUUGCGAUAUUUUACGAGUCUGAUGAGUACACAGCUAAACCAACUGAUGUUCAGCGGCGGGAGC